CCGGAAAUGACGCGAGGCUGACGUUCCCAUAAAAUGUUCACUAUCUGGGUGUGAUGUAUGUCAUUUCUUUCAACCACCAAGCAAUAUAACAUCCCACUCUACGCUAGAGUUAAAAUUUCCGCAGCUGACACUUUGAAUUUCCGGUCAUUUCAAAACCCGUGAUUGAACGCAUCAAGGUUGUCUCCUAAGAUUGAUCUCGCGAUACUUGAGAAUAUCGCCGUACAUAUUCUGAAACAUCGCGAUAUCUCGGCGUGUCCAUGUCGCAGGCAAACAAAAAUGGCAGCUCGCUUUUCGUCCAUGUGCUUCGCGUGAGCCGAAACGAAUCGAUUUUGUCAGUUGAAAUCAUUGGGAUUUUUUUUUCUUUCCACCUUGUUUGAGAAGAGAAGUGAAGCUUUAAGCGUCGCGGCGAACAGAAAGACAACAUGCAACACGACGACGUGAUUUGGGACAUUAUAGGCAACAGGCAGUUCUGUUCCUACAAAGUCAAGACUAAAACUCAAAGUUUCUGUCGCAACGAGUUUAACAUCACCGGCCUGUGUAAUCGCUCGUCGUGUCCGCUGGCCAACAGUCAAUACGCCACCAUUCGGGAGGAGAAAGGUGCACAAGUGCAGCGAGCUGCCAACACUGCCAUGUUGGAACGUACAGACGAUGCGUGUUAACGUGAUAAUGU